AUUCUCAGAGUGAGUAGAGAGUGAGCUUCACUUGAAAUAUGCUAUCAUGAUAUUGAUUUAAUAUUCUUUCUUUACAACCUAUGGAUAGAAAUUAAAAACAAUACAUAAUCAAUAUAUACUUCUUCUGUUCUGUUGGCAUCACUUCUGAAACAGGAUCAAAGUGCUUUAAUUUCUAUAAAAGUGAUUGUUUCUUUUUUCAAUCUAUGACGUAUGUGAAGUAAAAUUUUGAUUUAUUUUAUCGAAGGCGUGUUUAAUUAGAAACUUAUUGAGAAUAAAGGUGAUUUCCUUCUCUUUUAAGUUGAAAGGAAUUGUAACCAACAAAUGCUUGAUAGUUUGCCGAAAUAAUAUCUAGAACACAAGAUGAUCAAUUUGACGGUGAAAACAUUGGAUUCUAGGAAUCACCAGUUUUCAGUGAAUGAUGAUAUGACAGUGGAGGAAUUCAAAAGGCACAUAGCCGAUGAAGUAAAUAUAUCUGCUGAAACUCAAAGAAUUAUAUAUUGUGGACGUGUCUUACAAGAUUCAUCAAAGUUGAUAGAUCAUGAUCUGGAUGGCAAAGCUGUGCAUUUGGUGCAAAGACCUCCACCAGGCACUACUCCCUCUAACUCCUCACGUUCCAGUAGGACUUCUUCACCUCAUCCUACUCACAGAAUGUUCCGUACUUUGGAUACCAAUAAUGCAACAGUGUUUUUGGGAUCUGUCUACCCAAGUAAUUUAGAUACACAAGGAGUUUUACAUCCUCCUACCCAUACUCAUGCUUUUACUCGGCUCAAUGUAGCUAGAAGGAUGUUGAGGAGGGCAGAACAUCUGAUCUCUCAACUAGAAAAUCCAGCAGCUCCUGCCGAACCAGCCCCUCAAGAUGAUCCCCAAGAUGAAGUGCUGCCUAUUAUUGAAGCAAGGCUCUACUAUCCUGGUGCUCACACAGCAGCAGAUGAAAGCCAGAUCAUAACACAAUUUUUCCAGAACUAUUUACGCAGAGAAUCACAGAAUUCAGGAAACACAAGCACAACACCAGCACCAUCAGCCCCAACUGAGCAAAGUGCACCAAACACUUCUACUUCUCAAGCUGCGCCACCAACUGACCCGGCAGACCCAAGAUUUCCUGAGAACGCCACAAGAACAGCCCAAUUGGCUGAAGUAUUGACAACGCUUAACCAGGUGCAGCUAAGAUUUGCCCCUUUCUUGGAGAGGUACCAAAAUUUUAUGCGUGAUGACCCUGUUGUUACUUCACAAGAGGAAAUUCGCAAAGUACAGAUGGAGAUGGAUAAAGUAUCGGAAGUGAUGCAUUAUUUGAGUCAUGCUUAUCACUCUCUCAGUGACGUUAUAUUGAGAGUCAGAAACACGCCACCUAGGCCACUCCUGACCCGACCACUCAUGUUGCAACAGUCGGCUUUUGUUCAAACUCGUAUGGGGAUCCCGAUUCAAGUUGAGGCGCAAAUCAACUUAUCCGAUAGGUCAGGUGCCAGCACUGGCGGUAACCAGGCCCCUCAGACCGGUGAAUCUGCUCCGCCCAAUACCAUCGCCCCUACUGCCACGCCCCAAUCGUUCUCCAGCCAAGCAGUACCGAUGAUCAGUACCGUACGUGUUCCUAUCCCAUUGGACAUCAGAGGUUUCCUGCCCACUCAGAGCGUCAGUUCGUCUGGCGCUGGUAGGGAGACUGCUGGCUCCGCCCCCGUCGGGGGCGGGGCUUCGGCCACAGCCACCUCGGCGUCGCCUUCCAGCAACCGCAGCGGCAGUGGUUCAGCCUCGACCUCCUUCAGUUCAUCCGAUCCCGAGGUAGAGCUCAUCAUGGAGGUCACACCUGAAGUUUUAAGGGGUGGAUCUAUAAAUGGACAACAACCAGCCAACUUCAUUCAUACUAUGAUGCAGAUGGCCACCGAGCUUAUAAAUGGUACAGGACGUGAUGCUGUUGCUGCUGCUGCUUCGAGGCAUACCUCCGCUACCAGUGCUCCACCACUGACUCCUACACCACCUGCACAAAACUCACAGGCUCGUGGUAACAAUCAGACUAAUCCAACCAGUUCAACACAGACUAGAUCGACUCCUAGGCCACAUGUUCACUUGCACCAUCAAAACAUACCAUCAGGCUUCGAUCCUUAUUUACCCUGCCAUUCUCAUCACGUCAACAGGCGUAGGGUGUUCAGUGGAGAUUCUGCUUCAACUGCACAGAGUCAACCCACUGCGGAAACUGCAAGCGCAAGAGUCAGACCGGAAGAAAGGCAGAAUCUUGCGAAUGAAACUCUCCAUGGAACACUACAUCGUGCUGUAAACAGAUUGUUGGAACACGUUGGAAUUGGUGACGUUCCCCAAGUUGGUGGGGACGAACCUUUUGUCCUCCCUGGUGUAAUACCCAAUGUUAGGGAUAGAAGAUACAAUUUAGAGGCUGUUUUUGGAGAAUUCAACUUCGCUGGAACUUAUGUCAAUGGAGAAAGCAUAUUCCGAGAUAUUAUUGUAUUACUAUACAAAAGUUUGUCUUUGAGGACUAUAUUGCGAUUCCAUAUGGGUGAUUAUUCGCAACUCCGAUAUGUAAUGACUCAACUUCGUGGGUACCUUUCGUCCCUUUCACUUGAACGUGGCUCAGGUAAUGAUGCAGUCGUGGAACGAUUCAUUGAUGAAUCUUCUGGGUUACUGGAGACUUUGUCGAGAAUGCCUUUUUGGGGCGAUGUUGAUAUAAGGGCCUCAUUGAUAAAGUAUAUACGUGCCAAGUUACCCGAUAUAUUGGAACUUAUCGCUCGUGAAUUAGAAUACGAUAAUUCAUGUUCUACCCUUUUGUUGGAGACCAUAAUCACUACAGUUAAGGAAUUGAGCGCUUUGAUAUUCCGCGCUUGUAAUAGGAAUAUUAACGCAGCUGAAGUGAUAUUCAGACAACUUAUGGGUAGGCAUUUUAGCGGUCUACCUGAAGAAUUAUUGGCUUGGUUUGCUCCAGAUGGUUACUCAUUCGUACUUCAAUUUUUGAAAAGAAAUGCUUAUCUAAUUGGUUCCAUUGAGUCAUUCAUUGUUACAAAACCUACAGUCAAGCCAGUUGUACCAGAGGAAUCGGGUCAAAGCAGCACCAAGAAGGUCGAAGAAGAGCCGAUGGAAGUUGAAGAAGCCCAAGUUGAAAUGGUGGACGAUGAAAAAAUUCCCGCACCAUCGAAACCCGAAGAAGAUGAACCAGAACCUCUACCCAGUGUUGUGAAUGGUUCACAACCAUGGCACAAUCAAGUGCCCGCUGAUUGGGUACCGAUAAUCAACAGAGAUGUACAACAACAAAGAAAAUUGAAUAUCCAAACACCAUUUAGUGAUGCUUAUUUAUCAGGUAUGCCAAGUAAACGAAGAAAAAUAGUUCAUAAUUCGAAGAGACACGGAGUUCCAUUGCCCCAAGUGAUAUCAGAAAGUGUGAAAAAAGCCGUCAGUAAUACUGGACUAUCAGGAGUGGCACCUUUGGAGACUGUAUCAAGAUUAGCGGGACAAUCGCAAGAAAUUCAAACUGCUUAUAGAACGUUAUUGAGGAACACCGUUCAAGAAGGAUUGAGAGAUAACACAGAUUUCAAUCCUGAAAGGUUUCCAAAUGCUGCUAGUUACUUUUUCCCCAAAUAGAGGAUAACUUAUUAUAAAUAGCUUGCUAAUGCAGACAUUUUUAGCUGAACGAAAUAUUCCAUUGCAACAUAGUAUGAAUAAUUUUCACGUUCAAUGUCCAUUGUCCCGAGUUUGUAGAUUAAAAAAAAAAACAUUAUAUGGCUCAAAUUUAUCGUCUAAUAACCAUCUCACUGUUUUGAUUUUCAACUGAUAAAUCUAAAUUCUAUCUUUUACUUCCAUUAAAUAAUGUGUUAAUUUGGAAGUUGAUUCACCUAAUUUAUCAAUUUCUAUGUAUGAAUAUGUUUAAUAGAUAAUUUACAAUUA